AAUACCGUUUCGGAAGUAUAUCAGCUUCGUGUUUUUUGAUUUUGUGAAUUUCAUGUUGCCUAAGAAAUGUCAAAAUUUUGGUCGUGUUUACGCGCGGUGCACACAUUCGUAGUGGGUAAUUUUCAUUGCCAAGAGUUCGCUUACAUCAUUUAUCCCUUCGGUCGCAUAUACAAGCUCCUGGGAUUCGCACCAAUUCAGCUGCGGCGCGGAGAAGUCUUGCGCAACGGCUGUGACCGGAUAUUUCAAUGGGACACGAAAGCCUGGAUUUGCAGUUGCCUCAACAUAAUGAUUUACACAAUGGGCUUCUGCUUAGGCAUUCUUCGACUACGGGCAGUACCUUAUAAACAUGGUGACGGCAUUUCACGACUGACCAGCUGGGCACAGGUCUUCACACUGUUCGGUCUCGGUCUCAUCGCCUGGGUCACAGCUUGGACCCAUAUGGACGAGCAGUGCCGAUUGCAUGCACUUAUCACGAGAAUUGAUCAGCAUCUUCGUGAAAUAGACGACAUACAAUUUGACUAUAAAUCGCUGCGGAGACGACUCUUCUGGCAAUUAGGAUUGCAACUGUUGAUCGCAUUUCCGUUGUCGAUGGUGAAUUGCAUUAUCAUUUUGCCCGAUGAAAUGCCAUUCUCUCCAUUUUCGACCUGCUACAUAUUCAUUUGUUUCAUGCCCAUCAGUGUGCUCAUCUUCAAGCAGUUCCAAUUCUACAAUCUAAUGCAUGUCUUGAAGACAAAAUUGGACCUGAUCAAUAAUAAACUGAGCAAAUUCAAUCGAAAUACACGCUUCAACAGCGAGCGCAGGCACAUAGUGACGGUGCGGAAAAGCAACUCGGUCAGUGAGGUGCCUCUGACCGCAGUGCCGACGGCUUCACAGAAAGCCGACAUGAUGAACGAGGAACCAAAUGUUGAGCUCUUGCAAAAGCUGUUGACCAUUUAUUCAAAUGUUAGCGAUGGUAUCGACUUGGUGCUGCGCAUCUUCGGCUGGCAUCUACUCUUUCUCACCGCCGUCUCCUUCGGCGUAAUCACCGUCCAAAGUUAUAAUCUGUUCUCACUGAUAAGUCAUUCUCUAGUGAUACCCACUUAUCACGUAGUCUUCAUUGUGUCUUGGAUCCUGGUGCAGGUCAUGGCGUUUGCGGUGAAUAUUUUAAUAUGCGGAAAGACAUCAAGAAUGAUGGAGACGACCAUUUCGAUUUUGCACAAAAUUCGCCUGUCUUCGAAUGAGGCCCCAGACGCCUGUGUCUUCUACCAAAUUCUGCAGAUUUUCUCCAUGGAAGUCUUGCAGAGAAAACGAAAUUUUAACGCAGCGGGCUUCUUCGACAUGGACUACAAGCUGAUCACAUCGAUUAUUGCAUCAGCUACCACUUAUCUGGUCAUUAUUAUCCAAUUCCAUUUGACCAAUAUACCGGAUUGCCAUUUUCCCAAAUAAAAAUUGUGUCAAACACUGAUGUUCAAGGUGCAGCUAAAAGGCCACAUCCGGUAAGGAUGGAAUCGAGUUCCUGGAGCACAGAAUUGAUAUGUCUGUAACUCCCA